UCUCGCCUCGCUGCACAACAGUUGACAGAUUUGUGAGAAAUUGUAAAAAUUUCAGCGAUUGUGUGGCUAGGAUGAAGCAUAAUUCUAAACAUUGUGAACCAGGAUGAUAGACUGUCCUGUCUGGAAACUGCCUGAGGAAGUCGAUGGGAAGGAUGGCUCUACAGAGGAAUCUAUCAUAUAAUCCUUCGAACGACUUUUUCACGGAGCCAACAAACUUUAACGUCUGCGCGAGUCAACGCCUACUGGAACUUCCAGGAUUCUCUCAGUGUCUGGAAUGAGAAACCAGUAGUUAUUAUAACGGCCGGUUUUUUCUGCCUUUAAUCCGUGUCAGUUUACCAAACAAAUGUUUUUCUGUACAUAAACAGUUACUUCUUCGUACGCUCUAGUAAACGGAAUCGGAGUUUUGAUCUGUAUUUUCGUGGUUCGUGGUGAAAUUAAUUUUGGAAAUUCGUCAUCUCCAGUAAGAAAGACUGGUGGAAGCCAUUGUUGUCAUUUCAACAAGUCGUGAUACAACAACUACAACCUAACCAUGGGUAAACCGAAGCGAUCGAAGCAGGAUCUCGAUACCUCGGAAGAAUUUACCGAUACAAGCAACUUGUUGGACCGAAUCCAGAGAAUGAUAGAUGCUGCCAUUAGUCAAGUGUUGUUGAAAAUCUCGGAGACGAAAACUGAGAUACAAUCCGAAAUUACGACACUGAGGGACGAGUUGAGCGAAUACAAACAAAAAUGCUCGAAGUCAAUCCGCUCCGUUCAAGAAGAGCUUAAGCUUACCCAGGAAAAAAUGCUUCAUCUCGCCAAAUCAAACGAUCUCAUCAUCACCGGUAUACCAUUUCAACCUAACGAGAAACUUGGUGAUACCAUAAGGAAAGUCUCACUUGCUCUCGGGUUUGCCGAUAGUGAACUCCCCCUGGUAUCUGCUAAACGUCUAUCUCGCUCCCCAAUUCAGGAAUCCAGUUCACCACCAAUACUGGUAGAGUUCGCUUUCAAGAGUGUUCGGAACGAGUUCUUCGGUCGGUAUCUCAAAAAACGUUCCUUGGCGCUCACUCAUAUCGACAUCAACGUAAACCGAAGAAUAUACAUCAACGAGAAUUUGUCCGAAUCGACACGUAAACUCAAGGGAGAGCUACUGAAACUCAAACGGUCUGGAUCGAUUCAAUCAGUGUUUACGAAAGAUGGGCUCGUGUUCGUGAAAACAUCAGUUGAAAAAACACCAAAACUGAUAACAUCGAUUGAUCAAGUUGAUUGCUGAACCUUUCCCUGUUUAUAUCUUAUUCCUUCCAACAUUAUCCCUUGAAUCCUAUCCUUACUUCCCUUGAAUCCGUCCUCUCCUGAAAGUCAAAACAACAAAAAUCUAAACCCUUCCUUUUAAGCUUUUCUUUAUCCUUCCCAUGUAUCCCCUGAUUCCGAUCCUUAAGCUAUCCAUGAUUCCAUCUCCUUCCUAAAAGUUAUGUUGCUGAGCUGCUGCGUGGGUGGGAUGCUGAUUACGUCGCACGAUGGGUUGCUGCUGGGAACCAUCGAUGGGUUACUGCUGCUGCUGCUAGCCGACAUGGACUUAUGCUUUUUGUUUACACACCGGUUAUUAAAAUUUAAUUUUU